AUGAGAAAGAGGAUGGAGCUCUGGACGAAGUGGCGUGCGUGGGCUUCAGCCUUGGAGCGGCCCGAGGCCGAGUUGCACAAGGCGCUGGAUGGCGGUGUUGCGAGUGUCCUGCGAGGCAAGAAGCUGCUGUUGCUCGAGCGGAUCGCGCAAUCUCUAGGGUGGCCCGAUGGGGGUCUCUUUGAAGACAUUAAGUCUGGAUUCAGCUUGGUGGGCUCCGCUAGUGUUACUGGAGUCUUUGAGACGUCUUUCAAGGCGGCGGAGUUCACAGAGGAUGAGCUGGAUUCUCGGGCAAAGUUUCUUCGCCCUGCUUUGUGGGGUAAGAUUGCGAGCUCGGCCACUCAGUUGGACCAGGAGCUCUGGCAGAAGACCCUUGCAGAGCGUGACGACAAAGGGUGGAUUAGUGGACCGUACACUUAUGAGGAACUCGACGGUAUGUUUGGCCCGACUUGGCUGCCGGUGAGACGCUUUGGCAUCCGCCAACGCGCCAAGCUCAGAUGCAUAGAUGACCUGUCGGAGAACGCUGUAAACGCUUCUUGGGAAGUCGCAGAAAAAAUAGAUUUACGUGCUUUAGACGAGCUCUUGUGGGUCGCCUCCAGACUCAUGAAGAUUAUGCUUGACAAGGGCUACGUGGACCUUCAGCUUUCUGAUGGAUCGAAGAUGGCUUGCCUGUCGGCUUUGUGUGCCAUGUUGUGCCUUUCGGUGGAUUGGCGAGUGUUGGUCACUUUAAUCGUGUGGCUUCUGCAGCGGAUAAUGCUCGAGCUGGGGUGCAUGGCCUUCAACUACUUUGAUGACUACCCGGUGCUCGAUCUCAGCUUGACUUCGGGUAGCACCGAGAAGACGAUUCGGGCGCUUAUGGUGCAGAAUAAGCCGGAGAAGGCCAGUGAGGUUGCCGCGUCUGUCGACAAGGUGCUUGCUGAAGGUUCUUGGGCACUUUACGCCAUUUGUCGAAGGGCGAUGGCGAGCACCGUCUUUCUUGUGCUGAGGCAAUUGUGCACGGUUGGAGGUGUGCUGUACGCCAGGCUGCAAGGCGUCACGCGUGUCAGGCACUUGAUUGGUCUUGUUGAGCUUUAUGCCUUGGUCCUUGCGCGAUUUGUCUGGAAAGAUUAUCUGGACCACCAAAGGGCUUUGUUCUUCCUUGACCACAGUGGUGCGUUGGCGUCGGCAAUCAAGUGUUCAUCCAGAGAUGAGCUUUGGCGAGAGCUGUUGCUCCAGCUUGAGAUUGCAGACAAGGGCUCGUGUAUCGCGUGGUACGCCAGAGUACCAUCGGCUUCGAAUGCUGCAGACCCUCCGUCGAAGCGCCACGAGCGGCUCAAACCUAG